CCCUCGUUCUAAUGCCCAAAACCCAAGCGAGGGCACAUCCCCUUCCGUUCGUCGCGGCUAGGGUUGGGGCCGAAGGAGGCGAUCGAGAUUGCUCCUCUUCUCCUCCGGCGGGGGAGUUAGUGCCCCCCUCCUUCUGUCCAUUUCCAAAGCUAUGUCUGCGUAGGGGUUUCGGAACGGUAAGCCGGUGUGACGGCUUUGUGGCGCUAUUAGACCUGAAAAGAUAGAUUAGUAGUCGGAGGCGAAGGUGGAGAUGUUGAAGACGGGUUCCACUCCUCGCGACAGAGCCGUGAGAUCCAACGCUAACCCUAACCCUAACCCCAGCACGGGCUCGGCAAUCGAGCCGAUCCCUAAGACUUCUUUAAUGGUUGCUUUAUCGAAUGCCGGCAGCAAAAGGCGGCCGGAGGGUGCCUCGUCCUCGAUGCAGCUUACGAGCAAGGAGGCCAAGCUGAAGAACAGCAAGCCAACUCCAGAACUAUCUGAAACUGGUAUUGAAGAAACAGAUCUUAGUACUUCAGAUGAAGAUGCUUCAUCAUGGAUAUCUUGGUUCUGUGGGUUGCGAGGUAAUGAGUUCCUCUGUGAAGUUGAUGAGGACUACAUACAAGAUGACUUCAACUUAUGCGGGCUACAAGCACAGAUCUCCUAUUAUGAUAAUGCCUUGGACAUGAUUUUGGACAAUGACUCGUUUAGUGGCGACAUUGAUGGUGAAGAAAAUAGUGAAAUUGAACCUGCUGCAGAGUUACUAUAUGGUCUUAUUCAUGGCCGUUAUGUUGUAACCACCAGAGGACUAAAUGCAAUGCAUGAAAAGUACAAGAAAGCAGACUUUGGCCGCUGUCCUCGAGUCUUUUGUGGGGGACAGCCAUGCUUGCCAGUGGGCAUAUCAGAUAUUCCCCACAGUGGAUCUGUAAGGAUCUAUUGCCCAAAAUGUGAUGACGUUUACUUUCCAAGAUGCAAAUACCAGAGUGAUAUGGAUGGUGCUUACAUUGGCACAACAUUUCCUCACCUUUAUUUGAUGACAUAUCCUUCAGCUAAAUCUGCAAUGACGGUCCAGCAUUAUGUGCCAAAGGUUUAUGGAUUCAAGUUGCAUAAGGGCUCUAAAUAAUUGCUCGAGAGAACAUGCAUCCCCAGUUUUAUUCUGACAGCAGGUUCAUCCUGCUCCUGAUAUGGUAUGUGAUCUGUUUUCCAUAAUGCUAAUCCAUUGGGAUUUCUUUUCAUGGUUUGUUGGACUGUUGGAAUCAUUGCAUGUGUUCUAAGAGGAUAAGAAAUGCUUACAUGUUCUCUCUUUCUCUCGGCCUCACAAUUUUUUUUCCUGUGGCCUCCGAUGUGUGUAUUGUUCUUAGACUGCCACCAUGUUGUACUCUACCUUAAUUGCAGAACGUGUUCUAUGUUUCUCUUCAUGUUGACGGGUUAGAUGUAGGCAUUAUGAUGUUAUAUGACCUCCCUUUGUCCUGUGAAGAGUCCAUCUUUGGGCCUUUUCUUGGCAUUGUAAAAGACAGGCAAUUGAAAUAUAUCAUGAUUUUUAUUCGUCA